AUAAAUUUGGUAAAAGGAAUUAGACGUGAUGUGAUGAUAUGUUAUGUUAUGCAUGCAAAUAAUGUUAAUGAUCAUGUUGUUUAGGAUGGGAGUCCAGCACAGGAAGAACUCAUGGCAAGAUGGAGUACCAGGAACCAACUGCCCUAUUCUCCCAGGCCAAAACUACACCUAUCGUUUCCAAGUAAAGGAUCAAAUAGGCAGCUACUUCUACUAUCCCACCACAGCCAUGCACAGAGCAGCAGGAGGCUUCGGCGGCCUUCGUGUCAACAGCCGCCUCCUCAUUCCCGUCCCCUACGCCGAUCCAGAGGACGACUACACCGUCCUCAUCGGCGACUGGUACACCAAGAGCCACUCCACUCUCAAGUCCUUCUUAGACGCUGGACGCUCUCUCGCCAGACCAGAUGGUGUGCUCAUCAAUGGAAAAUCUCUCGACAAGAAGGGCAGGGGCAAGCCUCUCUUCACCAUGAAGCCUGGAAAGACCUACAAGUACAGAAUAUGCAACGUGGGACUCAAGACCUCACUCAACUUCAGAAUCCAAAACCACCUCAUGAAGCUUGUUGAGAUGGAGGGCUCUCACACCGUCCAAAACGUCUACGAGUCCCUCGACGUGCAUGUGGGGCAGUGCUUUUCGGUGCUCGUCACUGCUGACAAAGAGCCAAAGGCGUACUACAUGGUGGCUUCCACAAGAUUCACCAAGAAAGUGCUGACGGGAAAAGCCAUCGUCAGUUACACCAACGCCAAGCGUGGCCCUCCUUCGGCUGACAUCCCAGCAGCCCCGGUUGGAAACUGGGCAUGGUCACUCAACCAGUUCCGUUCCUUUAGGUGGAACCUCACAGCUAGUGCAGCCAGGCCGAACCCUCAGGGCUCUUACCACUACGGAAAGAUCAACAUCACCCGCACCAUCAAGCUUGUCAACUCUGCCAGCAGGGUUAACGGCAAGCUUCGUUACACUAUCAAUGGAGUCUCCCAUGUUGAUACAGCCACACCAUUGAAGCUGGCUGAGUACUUCAGGGUAGCCGACAAGGUCUUCAAAUACGACAGUAUCAAAGACGAGCCACCAGCUGAAGGCACCCCACAGAAAGUGACUCUGGCUCCUAAUGUUGUCAACCAACCUUUCCGCAACUUUGUCGAGAUCAUCUUUGAAAAUCAUGAGAAGAGCUUGCAGUCAUGGCAUUUGGCUGGAUACUCCUUCUUCGCGGCUGCCAUAGGGCCAGGGAAGUGGAGCCCAGAGCAAAGGAAAAACUACAAUCUUCUUGAUGCAGUAAGCAGGCACACCAUUCAGGUGUUCCCCAAGUCAUAUGCUGCAAUUUUGCUGACAUUUGACAAUGCUGGGAUGUGGAAUUUGAGAUCAGAGUUGACAGAGAAUCGGUACCUGGGGCAGCAGCUCUACAUAAGCGUGUUGUCACCGGCACGGUCACUCAGGGACGAGUACAACAUCCCAGAUAAUGCCUUGCUCUGCGGCAUCGUUAAGAAACUUCCAUUCCCACCUCCAUACACCAUCUAAACUCAUCAUCCAGGCCAAUUCGUUUCAGUCAGUCAGUGUUACAAGACACAAAGCUAUGUAAGAGUUCAGGAUCAUACCAACCAACAACGAAAGAGGAAAGAAAAAAAAUUGUUAGGAUGGAGCAACCUUUUUCCCUACUACAGUAUGUAAUGUCACCCACUAUAUGAUUAAUAAAAGUAUAGAAUCACCAUACUGACUUCUUUUGCAAACAAGGGAAGAAAAGAGAAUGGAGAAAUUCAUUUUGAUUCUUUAUUUGAGAUUUUGCAGCAAACUAAUCUUC